AUGCAAGCCUUUAAAAGAUUUGCCUCUAGCGUUCCCUCUCAAUUCCGCUCCGUCAUUUACUCUUCUCAUAGCUUGGAGGAUGUUACUAGUGUUUUGUCAGUGCAUCGCUACACACCCAAGGAAUCUUUAGAGAAUUCUGUUGUGGUUCGUACCUUAGCCUUCCCUAUUAAUCCAUCAGAUGUAAACCAAUUGCAAGGUGUUUACCCUUCAAAACCUGAAAAAACUUUGGAUUAUGGUACAAAAGAUCCUGCAGCUAUUGCAGGAAAUGAGGGUGUUUUUGAAGUCUUAUCAGUACCAUCCAAUGAGAAUUCUUUGAAAGCCGGUGAUUGGGUAAUUCCAUUGUAUGCAAACCAGGGUACUUGGUCUGAUCAUCGUGUAUUUAAAAAUGCAUCUGAUUUGAUUAAGGUCAAUGGAUUAGAUUUGCAUACUGCAGCUACCAUUGGCGUCAAUGGUGUUACAGCAUACCAAUUAGUUCACGACUACAUCAAAUGGACCCCUGGUGGUAACGAGUGGCUGAUCCAAAAUGCUGGUACUUCAGGUGUCUCCAAGAUCGUUACACAGGUGGCCAAAGCUGCGGGUAUCAAUACUCUAAGCGUAAUCCGCGAUCGUGAUAAUUUUGAUCAAGUGGCUAAAAAACUAGAAAAUCAACUUGGUGCCACUAAAGUAAUUUCUGAAUCUCAGAACAACGAUAAACUUUUUGGCAAACAGGUGUUGCCCACCAUUUUGGGUUCGAAUGCAAGAGUUCGUUUAGCAUUAAACAGUGUUGGUGGUAAAUCAAGUGCUGCCAUUGCUCGUAAAUUGGAAAAAGAUGCGUUGAUGCUAACCUAUGGUGGUAUGUCAAAGCAACCUGUUACUUUGCCAACUUCUCUUCACAUUUUCAAAGGUCUAACCUCAAAGGGAUUUUGGGUAACUGAGAAUUGCCGUCGUGAGCCAAAUAAGAAACUAGACGCAGUCAAUGCGCUUGUCAAACUUUAUAAAGAAGGAAAACUCAUAUCGCCAAAGGACGAAAUCGUCACCACCGAUGUGAACGCCAAUGGUAGUGACCAAGACUUGUUGGAAGCCGUCAAGAAGGGAAUCAGUGCUUCAGGUAAACAACUUGUUGUGUUUAAAUGGUAA